AUGGCCGAAAGCAAGCAGAAUCGAGAUGAUGUUCUCACAUGUUCUGUAUGUAUGGAAACAUUCCGGGAACCAGUAAUGCUACCCUGUCAGCACAGUUUUUGUAGGGAAUGCAUUGGUUUAUAUGCUGACAAGUCCAAACCUGUACAGACAGAUAAGACCUCCGGAAACACUGGGAAUGAGGACGUUCAUCAGCAGAUAGCAUGCCCUGUGUGUCGGGCACCGACCAGUCUGGGGAAAGAAGGUGUAGCUGGUCUGCCUCCCAACUUUCACCUGGCGGAAAUUGUGGAGAAGUUGUCUGCUGUAAAGCUUGAGGAUGACAUCCCAUAUUGUUCUAUGUGUGAGGACAAUCAUGCUAAAGCUGUCAAGUUUUGUACCAUCUGCAAUGUGUUGUACUGUCAGGAAUGUCUUACAAAUUACCAUCCAACGAGGGGGCCUCUAAAACGGCAUCGACUGAUUUCCUCCCUGGAGUACCUCUCCCGGGAAACCUCACAGGGUCAAGUUAGCAGAGACCUCCAAUCAACUCAGCAGCCGUCCUGUGCCAGGCACGGUCAGCCAUUCGGCUUGUACUGUGUACCGUGUCGGAUGGUGAUCUGUAUGGGGUGUGUGGUUGACCACCCGGAACAUGCUAUGCGGGAUAUACCAUCUGCAGUUGCGAAUGACAAAGAAGAAUGGGGCUUUUUGUCCUGCACUGUAGUGAGUCGUUUGAAAGGCGGAUUUGUUAAUGUACCGUUUUUCCCAUUACAGCUAGCUGUUUUGAACAAGACUAGCGAACUGGAGAAAGUCUUACAAGAAACUAAAGAAUCACUGUCAGGAGUUACGAGGCUGCACAAUAAGAUACAGGAAAACCAGGAACUUCACACUCAGGAGGUAGAAAAGGCUUAUUGUGCAGCCUUGGAAUCUUUACAAGCCUGGAGACAGCACUCCAUAGAUGGCAUAAAAACCCGCUAUUCACAGUGGAGUGUGGAGUGUAGUGCUAUACUCAAACAUAUUCAGCUACAGACCCAGGAAAUGGAGAGGAUGGUACAGGCUUCCAAUGAUUUAUUAGCGUCAGUGGACGUCGAGUUUUUAAAGGGUUCCACGCACUUCACCAAAACAAUUGAUGACCAGCUGAAUGAGAUAAAAGCAGAUCUGGAGGAACAUGAGGUCAGCAAACAGAAGCUUCUAGAUUUUGUACAGCGUGACCUUGUUGUCCCUAGACACCUGACAGUAAAAGAGACAGUGGAAGAAAGUCAGGACUUAGAAGCAGCAGUCAGUGGACAAAUGUCACGCCCACGUGUUACAAAGCCGACGCUGAGAUUCACAGAGACAGACGACAGGAAGCUGAGAAUCACUGACAGCGGCUGUGUGGUAGAGGGUAAGGGCUUGUUCGGGUGGAGGAGAGCUGUGACAGACGGGCGUUACCAGACGGGCAGGUACUACUGGGAGAUACACAUCACCUGUUCACAUGGCUGUUACUAUGACUGUCGUGUAGGAGUGACACAGGAGAGCUGUGGUGUGAGUGAGGAGACAGACCCUGGCCGUAACUUCUGGUACAUUGUGAUGGCGUACAGUGGUGAUGAGGUCAAGUGUUAUAGUCACAGUGGUGGUGAGAUCAAACCUGACUAUCGACAGGACAGACGUUACACACGACCUCAUCACCUGGGUGUGUACCUGGACUGUGAUGAGCACACACUGACAGUCCUGGACUGUGACAACAACCAGGUAAUGUACACUAACAGUGGUGUUAUCGUCACAGAGCCUCUCGUGCCAUGGGUUGAGUUUGGUUUCUGGUCUGGAUCUGUGUCUGCUCGUCUGGUAACGGGUGACUCUGCAACUCUGCCUCCAGUUCUCUGUGAUAUGAUAAGCACUUCCUGACCAUCGGGUAAUUAUUCAGUACAUCUUUUCCAUAGUAUUACAUUUUGUUGAAAUAGACUCUUUUUUAAAAAAAAUAAAUGACCAGUUUGUAGAUGUUUUAGUUAAUGUCAGUAGUGUGGCUAAUUCAGUAUGUAUAGCUUCUUCUGCAAAGUGGUCGUUGAUCUGUCACAAGUUUACAGCUUGAUGUAGUUAUACACAGUCUGUCUGACUUGUCCUGAACAUCAAUGCCAGUUUUCUUCCAGACAAAAUGCAUGUAGAUAAUGACUGGGUAGUUUUAUUUUUAGUAAUGGUGACUUGUAAAUCAGCAUAAUCAGGAAUGUCACUGACCAAAACAGGUCACAGUUUGUACAUGACAAUACAUAAUAUACUCAACAUGGCACAUGUAGUAAUUCUUGUUGUGUUCUGUAACUUUAGUUCCUAAGGAAAAAAAACUAAAUUAGAAAAAUAUACCUUACCCUUUUAGGUUAGACGAGAGCAUUGAUUUUCCUUAAAAAUUAUGUAAUAAAUCAUCAACCUCAAAAAUAUAUAUACCCUAACUUUCGCGUGGCACUAUGGCACUAUGCCAUACCUCUACAUGCAUCUUACACCUUUGGCUACAACAUUCUCAGCUACCUUUUUUUUCAGCUGUAGUGGCAGAAAGUGAAGUCAUAACAUUUUCUUACCUUGGUAACCUCUAGAGAGGUGGGUAAUACCAAUGGGGCAAAAGUUUUCAGUUCUAUUCAAAACAAAUAAAAUUCUGAUGUAUUUUAUUUAGACUUGUUAGAUGCACAGUAGCAUAGCAGAAAUUUAUAGUGUAUGAACAACUUUAGUGCCUCUGUGUCAGUUUUUGCCUAUCAGUCAGACUUCAGUUUGGAGGCAAAUCUUGGACCCAAUUUCCUGAAUUGAGCAUGUGUAACAAAGAGGACAAAGUUUUACAAUUUUUUGUUAGUAAUGUUUUCAUAUGAAUUUGGCAUUAAAAGCAAAAUCUUACAUGGCUAAUGGCAAGAAUGAAAUUUCAGGGCUAGUGAUCCACCUGAGUUGUUACUCUACACGUUAGUGUCCGGGAUAAGAUGUUUUGUGGAGAACAGGGUUUAAAUUUCUUUUCUGUCAAAAAAGAAAAUCUGCAGAAAUGAAGAUUUACUUUGUAUUUCCUUAAAAUGCAACACCUGUUGUCUUUAGUUGCUAUUUAAUUUUACCAGUUCUCCCCAUCUGCACAGAAGUUAUGUAAGAAUUGCUUGGCCUAUCUCCACUUGUACCUGUAGGAAGGAAUUAAAAAAAAAAAAUUAAACAAAAUUUGUAUUAUUAUUGUUACACAGACAGUACAUUUAAUCAAAUUUCAUCAAAGAUAAGAAGCAGAUCAACUUUUAGACCUAUUUUGAAACACAACAUUAGCAUAUUUAAUGUUGUAAAAUCACUUUGCACAUAACAAAAUUGCCAUACAUAAUUGUGCCUUGCUAUACUAAGUGUCAUACAUGUUUGUAGGUGUUUCAGAAUAUGUAAUAAAAAUAACUUGCUACAUCUAUAGCCAUCCUGAAACAGUUCUGGUCAGAUGAAUGCCAUUUUACACUCACCUGUGUAAAUGAAAUUUGGAAAUACAAGCCUUAUAAGUGUGCGGGGGAAAUUUUGCAUAAAUAGCAGGAUGAGGGGUAGACAGGGUUGGGGUUGUAAUGGUUGGGGAUAAUCCAUGGUAAAAAGUAGUCCAGUUAAGUUAAGACACUCACAACUUGACCUGAAAUUUGUCAGAUUCAACUUCAAAAAUAUAUAUCCUCUUCUAAACUUCUAUGUGGUGCCAUGCCAUAUCUGUACAUGCAAUGUGCACUUUUCUUUACAACGUAUCAAAAAUCAACCUAGCAUUACUGCCAUUCGUUUGAACUGUGGUUGCUGGAAGUGAAGUCAUAACAUCUUGUCACCUCGGUAACCUUCAUGGGGUGGGUAAUAAUAUUGGGCAGAAGGUUUUUAGUUCUAUCCAAAACAAAUAAAAUUCCGACAUAAUUUAACUGAAUGCAAAAUAGCAGGGCAGAAAUUUAUAGUGUGUCUUUGUGGUAGCUUUAUCCAGUUUUUUUGAGUGCUCGUUCACACUUCAGUUUGGAAGAAGUCUUGGACCCAAUUGCCCGAAUCGGGCAUGUGUAACCAAUAAGGUGUACUGGAGGUAUACUUGAGGUACAUCUGAGAUGUAGCAUAUAUCUGAUGGUGUGUCUGAGGUAUACAUGUACUUGGGGAUGUAGGUCUACUUGUAUAUGAGGUGAAUCUGAGGUACUGAGGUUGGUAAAAAGAUGAUGCCUGAGGUAUAGGUGGAGGUAUAGCUCAGGUAUAUGCUAUUGGCAAGGUGGAUGUACCUGAGUGUAACAUUUAGCACUCUGUUUUCACUUUUAUUUGGACAGAAAACAAUCUCAAAACACUAAGCUAAUGGCUGUAUAAAUUAUAGACAAAUUUAAGUUGUAAGCUUGUAAGUGCAUGCAGUUCUUUGUUCACAGUAUCUGUAAUUUGCAGCUGAUUUACAACAACAACAGUGAUUUACAUUUACAUGAGGCUUUCCAGGUGCUUGAGCAAAAUUUAGUGCUUCUCUUUAAAUGUUUGUAUGUGCUCAUACUUUAAAAAAUUCAGUCCCAGGAAGUAUCAGUCAGUGCACAGUUGAGUUCUUUUCCCACAGCCUGGAAUAUGCACACUGUCAAGGGCAGGCAUCUUUGAAUAAUCAGGGACAAAUAUACAUGUAUCCCUGCUAUGCGGUUGGUGGAUAUUUGACACUGAAUGGCAAGUGUGUAUUGGGGGAGACAAAGGCUUAUAUUUAGUUUGUAAACAUUUUUGGGGGGACAGAAAUACAUUUGUAAUUUUGUAGUCAUCAUUUUGUUUGAGGGAAAUGCCUGAAUCUGAACUCUUUUUUGAAAACAUUAAAAAGGUGGCUGAGGUUUAAACCAGGUACAUGAUCACUGCAUUAUAUUCAAAAACUUUCUAAGUUUCUGAGGUGAACCUUAGGUACAUCGUCGAACAUGUCCAAGUGUUGAUAUUUUUCAGUUCCCAAGGAGUAUUUGAGGUAUAUUAUCUCCUAUUCAAAUACUGUUCUGUGUUCUUUUGGUAUAUCUGAGGUAUAGACAUAUGACUGGUGUUAACUUGAAGUACAGUAUACCUCAGAUAAUGUAGAUGGGGUGUACAUACAUGUAUCUUUACCUCACACUGAGGUAUACAUGAAACGCACACCCCAUAUACACCUCAUUUAUACCUUACACUGAGGUUUUCACCUAAACACCAAUCAAAUAACUCAAAUCUUGAUAUCAUUGUUUGUUGUAUGUUUGGCUGGGUUUUUUUUUUAGGUUUUUUUUUGUACUGAAACUUUGCCUUAGUAACACAUUGUCACUACAUGUACCUGGCCAUCGUUUGAAUAAAUACAUGAAUUGUGUUAUGCAUUAGAGUAUAAACAUGUCACAUGUUUACAAUAUUAAACAUUUUGACAAAUUUAUCAGAUGUCUACACUCAAUAUAGACAUGUGUUUACUGGAGUAUGUCUUUUUCUUAAUAUAUCCACUCCAUUACUAUGUAAAUAUGUGAUGUGUUUACCCUAAUAAACACAUCUCUUAGUUACCAGACAUUUCUUUUAUGAAUAAAAACUAACACGUUUCAAAAGUGUAACAGGAAUGUGUUUAAAAACUGAACUCGUUUUUUAGUAUGUAAGCAAAGUGAGAAAGGAUGCUAAGGAUUUGUAUUGUAAAUUAGAAAUAUUUCCUUUAAACCAGAUUUCCAUGUAAGUGCUGUGAUGUUAGAUAAUAUGCAUUACUGCACACUGUAUUCACUGCUCAGGUAGAUCCCUAUCCUGUAAGUAUUACACGGUGUCUUGUGAUUUUAGAUGAUGACAUUUUGAUAAUUUCGGCCAGUACAAAUCAUAUCUUUUAGCUGUAUUAUAUGCUUUUCUUAAUACAUGUAUAUAUGUGAAAAAUUCUUGGAAACACCAAUCAGAUUAAUAAAUAAAUAAAGUUAAGGAUUUUGUUCAGAAUAUAGAUUGUGUUAGGCGUGGAUGUGCUUAUUCCAGUGAACUGAUAAGUGUAUAGUUGUUAAACCGUUUUUCUUAAGUUUUUCUUUUUCAAAUUUUGUAAUUAAUCCUGUCCAGGAUUUUUAUUUCAAAAACCUGAUCAAUUGUUUUUGCACUGAGCGCUAGUUCUCUUUUAUUGCAUACAUGUUUGAGUAACUACAACAUGAGCUGUCUCCUUCCUAUGUUUACUUAACUUCAUCCAGAUCUGUAGACCUAAACGCGUGCUUAAAGUAAAUUGACAUGUAUAACAUACACCCUGACAUUAUCUGUAUGUAAGAUACUCACGGCCAGCUUGUAAUGGCACAUAUCACUAUGUGUGCUCUACAGAAUAUGUAGAUAGUUCCAGUUUAAGUUUAACCUCAAAGACGACCAUUCGUCUCCAAGUUGAUGUGCAGCUCAUGUAUCCAGCCGCAUAAUAUGUUGCCUUGUGUAACUUUGCCAGGCUGUUUUUGCUCCAAAAUCCCCCUACAUGUAUGUUAAAACACACAACAAUGUGUCCAUCUAAAAUGAGCUGGAAAAUCAUCUUUGAUUUCUGAACUUAGCAAAUGUAAAAGUCUGGCUUUGAGUAAUUCUAGACCAGUGACGUGUAAUAAAUUGCAAUUAACAUCACUGCAUUUUUUUACCUAAUUUUGCAUAAGCCAUGAUGCUAGGAGAUGUUUAAAUUGCUGCUGUUUAUGCAUUUACAUGAAGAGUUAGAAUAAAACCCUGACUGAGGUAAAUUGACAAGAGGCCGUAUUUCGCCGGCUGCGUGUGACCAUUUGCCAGCAAUCACACUGUUGUGACUGCUCUGGUUUUACUCUCUAUGCUGCCCGUCUUUAAUUAUAUUGUACCUGAUUUACUUUAAGGAGCGGCGUCAUCACUAGUACUGUAGUUAUGACAACCUGUGGUCAAGAUCAUACGGUCAUCUAUUAUAGAGCAUUGCACCGUUACAUCUGCUUGCUGUUAUUUUUAUGUCAGUUGUAUUUGUAUUCAUCUACAUGUAUGAUUCAGUGACAUUUUGCCAUUGUCCUUUGUGUUCCAACUUUUGAGAAGAAUGCUAAAUAAAAAUGAGUGAUUAUGUAUUGUGUAAUUCUCGUUUGAAUGGU